AUGUCUCUUGCAGACUCAGCCGAUGGUAUCCUUCGUCCAGAAGACAAGACCUUCAUGAUGCUCUUUGGGACGCCCCAGAACGAGCCCAAUUCCUUCGACGAAUUCUUCAACGAGGAGAUGUACAAGCUGGAGAUGAGCGACGGUGAGGACGGGAAGCAACAGCAUCUUGGCCACCUUGAUGACUUUGUUGCCAAUGAAGCCAUCGAGGAGCAUCAGAACACAAUCUUGGCACCAACAAUUCCUUCGAUAGAACGGGGUUCCUCACCCCAGCCGUGGAGACAAGGAGUGUGGUGUUUGAGGCCCAGGCAGCAACCCUCGGAGCUGGUAGUGGAGAAAAUACGUCGGAUGGAAACAAAGCGACCGUCUCCCUACCAUCAAACAAUGAAUCUCCCGAACCAAUUCGCGCAAAAGGCUCCUGUUCCAACAACCUCCCUGGAUAGCACCUUAGAAAGUGGGACAAAGCGAUAUGCGGCAACACCGCGUUCUGCCACAAUAGAUACAUCCAACUUCACACGCGAAGCCACACUCUCCCCGAGCCCGAUGUAUGCACACCUACCUGUCGGUUCAAGAGAUGGUCAUGGGGACACGAGUACCUGGCAGCAAGACUUUCAAAACUUUCAUCUUCGUCUCCCUUACGACGCUCCGCUUCAUUCAACGUUGUCGAAGCAGUAUUCAGCGCUGAAGACUCGCGAGAAGAAUUCAGCACGAGUAGCAGAAAAUCAUAACAUGGUUCUCCCUUCACAUCUUCCAGAAUCGGUUCGGGUUGAAAGCUACUCGACAGCAAUUGAUCCCUUUCUGCUUGAGCCACAUGAACAGCAGCCGAAUUCGUAUCAAUUCCAGGGUGGGUCACCCCGUACCAACGGAAUUUUACAUGAGCCGUUGUCGAUGCAUUCGCCCAGCAGUGGGAGUGACCCCCCGUCAAGCAGCUCACAGAACUCCCACGAGGCGAGAUCUCAUGCAUCGAACACCAGUGUCGACAUGUAUUCGCAGUCAAUCGUUUCCCCCGCAACUGCAGCUGACUUUGUCUCACAUCCGCCGCUCCCGAGGCUGGAGCCUGAAGAAACCUACCCUGUUCUUGCUGCCCCGACGCCGCAGCGCAUUCCACAUCCGAUUCUGCAGCAACCAGCCCCAGCUCCGCUAAUUGGACUGGGAAUCCAGUAUCCUAGAUCUGCACAAACAAGCCAGCUAGCUUCUUACGACUUUCCUACAUCGUCGACCAUGCAAGAGCCCGUGAUCCACUCUCCUCCAGCGAGGACGAUGCCAGUAGCUGGGCCGUCCUUGUCAUCAUAUCCGCCGCUUCCGCCUCCAGCGUCCUACCUCUUUUCCCAACAGUCCAAUUUCAUGACUCCUAGCAAGCAACGACGUUCACUGUCUAGAUCACCUUCGCCGCCGAUCUCGCCAACUACCGUCAGUCCUCGCAGGACUACGCGACGUUCACCAACCAGGACGGUUACAGAUUACACUCACAGUCGCAGGAAAUCGAUCCACAAAUCAGGACCAAUGCGAGACCAUGCCGUUUCACAAGAGCCACCGCUCCCUUCUCCCCGAGCCAGAUCCUCGUCGAGACCUCCGCGAACACCCAAGAGGCCUAAGACGCCGACCAGUGCAGUUCCCACGAUUGGGUUUGUCAAUUUUACUCCAGCCGAUUCGGCGAAGUUGAUGAGCGAUGUGGCGCCCAGUGGUAGUUCGAAGACUCGGGCUCGUCGAGAGAUGGAAGCACGGGAGAAGAGGAAGAAGCUAAGUGAGGCUGCAUUGAAAGCGGUGAGGGUUGCAGGCGGGGAUGUGGCUGCUUUCGAAAAGGCCAUCUUCACAUAA